AUGAUACAAUAUAAAGUAUUGCAGGAGCCUGAUGUUUUAAUUCCUCAUCCGAUUCGAUUUUGGAUAUUUUUAAUUUCUUUAAUUACUACAUUAGCUUGUUCUAUUUUUGUUCUUUAUCAUUUACUCAUCGAUCGAACUUUACGUAAUGCACUUAAUAAUCAUGUUAUUAUCGUACUUCUAUUCAAUAAUUUGAUGUAUCAACUCAUAGAUAUUCCAUUGUCACUCAGUUUCUAUCAUUUGGGCAAUGUUUGGCCAGCUUCGCCAAUCUUAUGCCUAUUUUGGAUGUUUAUCGAUGAAACAUUUCUCUCUCUUUCAUUAAUACUUGUAGCUGGAGCAUCAAUUCAACGACAUAUUCUUAUUUUUCAUAAACGGUGGCUGUCAACAGACAAAAAACGUUUCUUCAUUCAUUAUCUUCCAAUAGUCAUACUCUCUUUCUAUAUUAUUGUAUUUCAUUUUAUAACUAUUUUAUUUCCACCAUGUCAGAAUAUAUUUAAUUAUCAAUUGUCCGUAUGUGGCUAUCCACUCUGCUAUUAUGACAUACGACUAGUUCUUAUAUGGGAUAUUGCUAUUAAUAAAAUUCUACCUACUCUAACCAUUGUUGUAUUCAGUAUUGCUCUUCUUGUACGUGUUCUUCUACAAAGACGUCGAAUGCAUCAAUAUGUUCAAUGGCGAAAACAUCGAAAGAUGACAAUACAAUUAUUAGCUAUAGCAAUGCUUUAUUUAUUUCUUUAUAUUCCAUUAAUGAUUAUAGAACUGAUUCAAUCCUGUUGUAUGCCGGCAGAAGUUGGUGUCAACAUUGAAGUAUACGGAGAGUUUUUUUCAUAUUAUGUGAUGUUCUUAUUUCCAUUUGUGAGCGUAUUUUCAUUGCCUAAUUAUAAGGGUAAAGUCAAAGGCGUACUUUUAUUCUGCCAUCGGCAGAUACGAUCUAUUAUUUAUGUAUUAUUCUUCUUAAAAUGUUUUGACGCCCAAAAAAGAAACACUAUAGCCCCUUUACCAUAGUCUUAGCUAUUGUACAAUGUAUUGUUGAGAGAAUAAAUAAUCACUAAAUCAUUUUUUUAGAUAAAUGUUUUUGAACAGGAGCAUAAAUGUUCUAAAAUAAAAUUGACAAUUUUCAAGCAUAUUAUGAAAUAAGUAAUGUUCAUUGGUUACUUAUUUUCUUCUAUCUAGACUGGAGGACAAUGAAAUGUGAAAGAACAUAGAACUCUUCAGCUAUGGAAUUCAGAAAUUUGAUUCUCUUUUUCUUUCAAAUCGAGCUGAUUUCUGCCUAUCAAUCCUGCUAUACUGUUCCGAGUUCGCGUGUACAAUUAUGCACUGGCAUUCUACCUUCCGCAGCUAACCGUUGGUGUCGUACCAGACAUUAGAGUUUCGCUGUGUCGCCAUACCGAGAAUUAUACUCUCGGUAUGUAAUCCUACCACCUAUUCACUUGGAAAUAAAUGCGAUCGGUUGCAGUGAAUAAAAUAUGAUGCCUAGUUGAUCAUCAUUGUCCAUAACACCAACAAACAGGAGUAUAUUUCAGAUUAAAUUGAAAAGAACUUUAUCCAAGAUCCAUUGACGAUAUACUGGCAACAUGUCAAACAAGGAAGAACCAAUUUUGAACUUUGAAAUAUCAAAAAUAAAUUAGAGAUGAAAUGAAAAUAUUGGAAAUUCGAAGAGAAAAUGAACAAGAGAAGAGCAAGAUUAUCGAUCAUGUUAUUGAGUCCGACCGAAGACCGAAAGAUAGACGAAAAUAGGCAGCCAGUUCGAAAUGCGAUUGGAUGUAUACCAGCAGAUUUUGACAUUUGAUCAUCUUGAGGAUUUUCAGGAAUUUGAAGAUCAUGGGCACGCACAGCGAAAGUCAAAAUGACCCUUUUCACGAUUUGAAAUACCAAUCAUUUCAUAUUUCUUAGUCUUAUUAUAACAGUUAGUUCUCUUCGAUGCAAUGGGAGAUAAAAAUUUUCAUAUUGGUGAAAAGACAGCACUCACGAGGGAACAUUCUCAAGUGUCACAUCGCUUUUGAGUCAAGAGUAUGAGCAUCAUAUAGGCCCUAAUGAUCUAUGAAUAACCUGAAAAGAGUUCGUGCUGCUGGCUUAUUGCUGUCGAGAUAUUGCAUUUUUACGGUAGUUUUAAGAACAACGCCGUGGUCCCCCUCAGGAACACCAGAAAAGCUGAGUUUAGAAUUUUUACCUGAAACUUUGCAUAGAAACAAGCCUCGAUGAGAAUAGUUCUUUGUGAAAGUUUCAAAUCUUUUUGUUGUUCCUAUCUGUAGAUACAACUAUGAUAACUUCAUUCGGAUAAAUCAGUAGAUUUGAUGUUCUCAUUUCAGGAUAAGAACUAAUCAAAACAUCUGAAACUUUCACAAAUAACUAUUCUCAAUGACGCAUGUUUCUAUGUAAAGUUUCAAGUCAAAAUUCGAAAAUCAUUUUUUCUGGUUUUCCUGAGGGGGACCACGACAUUCAUUUAAGAACGUACCGUAAAAAUGCAAUAUCUCGGCAGCAAUAAGCUAGCAGCACUAACUUUUUUCAGGUUAUUCAUAGAUCAUUAGGGCCUACAUGAUGCUCAUACUCUCGACUCAAAAGCAAUGUGACAUUUGGGAAUGUUCUCUCGUGAUUGUGGGUGCGGAUAGGAUGUGUGGAUGUCGGUGUGGGUCGAUAUUCUCAUCAUCUACACUCCCACAUAUCCACACCCAAAUCCCACACCCACACCCCACACCCACACCUACACCCACAUCCACACCUAUAUUGAAAUCGAGUAUGUUUUUUGAGUAAACUCGACUCUAUUAACACAUAUUGGAAGAAAUAUUUGGUUAAGUAUCAACUAAGUAAUGGCUAUCGCAUCAAGAAAAAAUAAAAACACUGACGUAAGAGGGAACUUUUAUUGAUCAAGUCAAAAUGGUUGGAAAACAUCGUCUAAAUUCAUUAUGUUGCCUAGAAGAUACAAAAUACAAGCUAAAUGGAUUCGAAUAGAAAAUCUCUUUUGCUUCAAAAUCUGAUAUUCAUGAACUCCCUUCGUCAUUUUCUCUCAGAGGUACAAAGGCUAUCAAAACAUGUCGCGUGUAUGUAUUUCUUAUAAUUACAUAUAAAAAAAUGCGCGUUUAAAUGCAUUUCUUGCUUUACCAUUAGAGUAAACCCGAAUCAACGCGCUUUUUCAUUCGUUUACAUGCGUUUUGUCUAUGACUCUCAGAUGCAAUCAUAUGAUUAAAAUUUUUUUACAUAGAAUAUCUUUUAUUUCCAUGCAAAAGAACAUAGUAACGAUUUACAAUUUUUAGUUCUAUAGUACGAAAAAUCUGUUAAAGAUAAACGAGAAAUUGUUUAUAUAGAAAAGCUAUUUAUAUUUUCGUUGUAUCCAAAAUGAAAUAUGAUCCUCUGAUACAAAUCGGUGAAUAUCAACAACACAUGGAGGUUCAGGCAUUGUGAUUAUUUCAUCCUUCGUCUUCAUAUCAGUCACUUCGUACUCUUUUUCGGUAAAAUCAAAACGUAAACAUUUUAGUUGAUUUUCAUUAAUAUGAGUGAAAAUGAAAUCGAUCCAUUUGUGAAUAUUGCACCAUGCCGAUGAAAUCUGUUUGUAUCUAAUGAAACGUAAAUAUUGCAAUUGAGGAAAACUGUGUUUGUCAACAACGAAAGAAAGAAGUGGUAACAGGAUUUCUUCGUUUAGGUUCAUGUUGAUGAUGGACAAGCAAUCUACAUAUAGUCGAUCAAGAUGUCGAAGGAAACUACCGCGAUAUUGAUUGUCACGACAUUUAGUGAACCAAUAUUUCAGUUCACUUGAAUUAACAUAAAGACAUUUUAUGUUCGGUAAUAAACGAAACCAGCCAAUUAAUUAUAAAAUUAAAAAAAUAUCAUUAAGUUUCAUAGAUCAGCCCUUCACAAUAAAAGGAACUGGCGCCUAUAUCGCCUACUCAUUUUUUUUCAUUUAGCUAUUUUUGAUUAUAAGUGAUGUGAAGGUAUGACAUCACCAAACCAGAUUGUUAACGGUGAUACCUAUUCACCAUACCCCUCGAUGCUUUCAUUUUCUCUUUCUUUUCUUUGUUAUUGUACAACUAUCUCUUUUCUCUUCUUUCUCUGUGAUGUUAUGCUCUUCAAGGACAUUUAUAUAUAUAUGUGUGUGAUGUUUUUCUUUUGAAUAAAUAUACAUAUCGAUCGCUCGACGAAACGAGCUAACACAGAUCUUGGACAUUUUUAAAUAGCAAAAAAGUCAAUACAUUAGAAAUGAGUUACUUACAUACAAAGUAUCAUGAAAACAAACUUUUAAUAAUCAAAAUCUCGAAAUUCUUCUCAUUCUCAUGAUAAUUUCUAUGGAAAUGGCUCGUUUAUAGUGCAUUGAUUUUUUGGUAAUUAAAAAUGUUCAAGAUCUGUGUUAGCUCGUUUCGUCGAGCGAUCGAUAUGUAUAUUUAUUCAAAAGAAAAACAUCAC